AUGACAACAUGAGCUGCCCUUGGCCUUCAAGAUAGAGCCUCUCCUCUUAUAGAACAACUUACCUUCUUUCAUGACCACGCUUUAAUAAUUUUAGUAAUAAUUACAACAUUAGUAGGAUAUUUAAUAUUUAUACUAUUCUUUAAUUCAUACACUAAUCGAAACCUUUUACAUGGCCAAACUAUUGAAAUAAUUUGAACAAUUCUUCCAGCAAUUGUCCUACUAUUUAUUGCCCUACCCUCCCUUCGACUACUAUAUUUACUAGAUGAAAUUAAUGAACCAUCAGUUACAUUAAAAGCUAUUGGGCAUCAAUGAUACUGAAGCUAUGAAUAUUCAGACUUUAUGAAUGUAGAAUUUGAUUCAUAUAUAAUUCCAACUAAUGAAUUAACAACAGACGGAUUCCGACUUCUAGAUGUUGAUAAUCGUGUAGUUUUACCUAUAAAUUCACAAAUUCGAAUUUUAGUGACAGCAGCAGACGUAAUUCAUUCAUGAACAGUGCCAGCUUUAGGAGUAAAGGUUGAUGGAACCCCUGGUCGACUAAACCAAACUAAUUUCCUAAUAAAUCGCCCUGGAUUAUUUUACGGUCAAUGUUCAGAAAUUUGCGGGGCUAAUCACAGAUUCAUACCCAUUGUAAUUGAAAGCCUUCCUGUGAAUCAUUUUAUCAAAUGAGUAACUAGUAGAACUAAUUCAUAA